CCGAGGGCGGAUUCGCGCUGCUGGUGUCGCGGUCGGAGCCGGCGGGAUGAAGCGGGGCCCCGAAAACCUGGGUGGGCAGCCCCGUGCCAACGGCUGCAGCUUCAGCAAGCACGGCGCGGGCGGCGGCCUGAAGAACGGCUACGUGCGAGGCAGCGCCGGCGCCGACACCCACAGCCAGAUUCAUCGUAUUGUCCACAAUGGAGGCUUGUAUAAAAGACCCUUCAAUGAAGCUUUUGAGGAAACACCAAUGCUGGUUGCAGUGCUGACUUAUGUAGGCUAUGGCGUCCUUACCCUUUUUGGAUAUCUUCGAGACUUUUUGCGGUACUGGAAAAUUGAGAAAUGUCAUCAUGCAACAGACAGAGAAGAACAAUUGGAUUUUGUCCCUUUGUAUCAGGAUUUUGAGAAUUUCUAUACCAGGAAUCUGUACAUGCGCAUUAGAGAUAGCUGGAACAGACCAAUCUGCAGCGUUCCGGGAGCCAGGGUGGACAUGAUGGAGCGUGUUUCCCACGACUACAACUGGACCUUCAAGUACACGGGGAAGGUGAUAAAAGAUGUAAUUAACAUGGGAUCUUACAACUAUCUUGGAUACACACAAAACACUGGACCUUUCAGUGAGGCAGCGUCUAAAGUUCUGUCACAGUAUGGAGUUGGAGUGUGCAGCACAAGGCAAGAGAUGGGAAACUUGGACAAACAUGAGGAGCUGGAAACAUUAGUUGCCAGAUUCCUUGGUGUAGAGUCUGCAAUGGCAUAUGGAAUGGGAUUUGCAACCAACUCAAUGAACAUUCCUGCUCUGGUUGGCAAGGGCUGUUUAAUACUGAGCGAUGAGCUGAACCAUGCAUCUCUCGUACUAGGAGCAAGGCUUUCAGGAGCAACCAUCAGAAUCUUCAAACACAAUAAUAUGCAGAGCUUGGAGAAACUGCUGAAAGAUGCCAUUGUAUAUGGACAACCUCGCACACACAGGCCCUGGAAAAAAAUCCUCAUUGUUGUUGAAGGUGUAUACAGCAUGGAGGGAUCCAUUGUCCGUCUACCAGAAGUAAUUGCACUUAAGAAAAAGUACAAGUCAUACCUGUAUCUGGAUGAAGCUCAUAGUAUAGGAGCGCUGGGUCCCUCCGGCCGGGGUGUGGUGGAUUAUUUUGGACUUAACCCAGAGGAUGUGGACGUUAUGAUGGGGACAUUCACCAAGUCCUUUGGAGCUGCUGGAGGAUACAUUGGAGGGAAGAAGGAGCUGAUUGAUUAUCUUCGUGUCCACUCUCAUAGCGCAGUUUAUGCUACAUCGCUGUCUCCUCCAGUUGUAGAGCAAAUCAUCGCAUCAAUAAAGUGCAUUAUGGGUGAAGAUGGCACAACAAUUGGCAAGCAGAGGAUACAGCAGCUGUCUGAAAACACCAGGUAUUUCCGAAGGCGACUUAAGGAAAUGGGCUUUAUCAUCUAUGGAAACGAAGAUUCUCCUAUUAUACCUUUGAUGCUGUAUAUGCCUGCAAAAAUUGGAGCAUUUGGGCGAGAAAUGUUGAAAAGGCACAUAGCUGUAGUUGUGGUGGGGUUCCCUGCCACUCCAAUAAUUGAAUCCCGAGCCAGAUUUUGUUUAUCGGCAGCUCAUACCAAAGAGAUACUUGAUAUUGCUUUGAAGGAACUAGAUGAAGUUGGAGACCUCUUGCAAAUAAAAUAUUCCCGUCACCGAUUGGUACCUCUCCUUGACCGGCCUUUUGAUGAGACUACAUAUGAAGAGACAGAAGACUGAGUUCUCUGCGUGUUUUGUGGAGUUUGCUCCUUUACAACAAGACUUUUGUGUGGUUCUGAGGCCAAGGUUUUUGAACCAAGCACUCACUCACUGCUUUAGCAUAUAAACAAUGACUUUACUUGCACAACUGAAGUAGCUACAGGAGCUCUAAAUUGUGUUUUGUAUGUGGCAAAGCAAAAUCUGGCUUUUAUUCCUAUUGCUUCAAGGUCUUGCUGUUGGAAGGUGCAUGGCAUUAUCAUGCUGCUUCCUUAUUUAUUUGUCACAGUGACAUCACAGUGGCCAUAGUUGGCAGUAGAUGUUUUGCCUGUCAUACUGCCUUGUGGACAUUGAGUGUGUGUCUUAGGAUGCUACAUUGCUUCUGUCACAACAUUUCCAGAUUCAUGCCUAAAAUCUAAACACCUUGGGAGUGCAAGACCAUUCAUUUUUCAGUCAGGGCUUCUGAGGAGAUUGUUGGCUGCUAACUUAAAUAUAUUUAACAAGAAAUAAUCAACCAAAGUAUAUUCUUUUUGCAUUUGUGUAAUUUAAAGCUUAGCAUGCUUUUUAUUUCUUCUUAAAUGGUGGCUAGUUUACCAUUUUCAGGACUGUUGUUCAGUUCCUCAAGGAACAAGCAGGGGACCUUCUAGGACUUGGCCACUUAGGUUCAGGCUGAGGACCAAACAUUCCUCUAGGGUAAGUAACAAAAGGUAUCUCUGAACAGGACAGGUCCUCAUGGGCAUUUAUGCAAAUAACUCCAGCUUCCAGGAUGCAUCCAUUUUCCAGAUUUGAAUUUUGCUGUUGGAUUAGUGAUUGUCUCCUCUGAAUUUGCAAAACUUUAAGGGAAAUCAUGAUAUUUAUUAAAUUGCACUGGGGAAGGAGGAAAUCAUAUGCCUAGAACUCGGUAGGUGCCUUAUUUUUUUCAUGUAGCAAUGCUUCCACUCUUUUUCCUGACAGUCCUUUUUUUGGCCCAAAUGGCUUUAUUAAGCUAGUAUACCAAGAGCACUAAUUACUUGGUAUAGUGGUACUUUAUUCCUCUGCUCCUUCCUGCCUUUGCUGGGUCCAGAGAAGUAGGCAGCAUGAGUUAAAUCAGCACCAUUGCGUUAUGUACAACAUUUGUCCUGGAGUAUUUUAUCACGUUGCUUUUGUGAUAGCGACAUCAGUCACAGUUAACAAGGUCCCAAAUUUUAAAAUUGGGCUGAUAGAAGCUCUUGAAACCAUCUCGGGAUUCUUCAGGCAAGUGGAGGCAGCCUUCCGAAAUCAGACUGAGUUGUAAGAAUGUAGUAGUUGAGAUGCAGUCUUUCUCCACUGUGAUCUGAAAAGAAAUCUUAAGAAAUGGGAAUGCCCUUUGCUUAUUUCUCUCCACCACCUUUUCCAUUUUCAGAUAAUUUUUUCCUGUAGAUAAUUGCGCAAAAAGAUUUUAAAACAACCCUUGAAAGCAAAACGAUGUGCAUAGGCCACUUUUAAGAAAAAGAUCCCGCUAGAGAAUUUGUUUCUCAGUAGCAAAUUAAAGUGAGAAUUAGUUAAUGUAGAAAUAAGUGGCAAUUAUAAGUAUUUGAAAUGACCACAACUUCCAGAGUACUCAGAUCUAUGAUGGUUGUACUCUUUGUUCACUGGUGAUUGUGUACAGUGUGUAGACAGGGCAAGAUGCAGUAUGUUACCUCACACAUGCACAGUAUCCGUGUUCUUUAACACUAGAAUUCGUUAGAUGUACAUGGAAAAGCCUCACUCUUGCUCUCCCUAUGAAUUCCCUCAAAGGAUUACAUUUGAAUAGCUCAAGAUCCACUAGACUGCUUUAAGAGCCUUUGCCUCAGAAUUAUUAGUCUCCGCUUUCCACUUCUGUGUAACAAGAACUUUAGCUAGGUCAGCAUAAGGAUUCCUGAGGGGUGAAUUAGAAAUAUUGAUACUUGACUGAGGGAUGGCUUGCAGUGGCUAAAUAUUGCCUGACACAUCAUCAUCAUCUACCACAGUUUAUCCAAUUGUAGGUGUUAAAUAGGCUAGACCUCUUGAAAUUUAAUGGGGCCCAGGGUGGGGCGUUCUUUCAUGCUCUUUCUACUAAGCUAUGUGGCCCUUAGCAUUGUGAGCCAAAUGCAGAGGAAACGGUAUCCGAGUCUCAUUUCACCUAAAUUCCGGGCAUUCUUUGAAUAAUUAGAAAUAUAUUAUUAGAAUUGGCCUUUCUAGAAUUUGUGUUUUUUCCAUUAAAUUUUAGCAGCACUGGUUUUGAAGUUCUGUCACCAUCCCAAGUCUGCGUUUCUACCCAGGUUUACUGAACAGUAUUAGAUACAACAUUUGGGUUUUCUCUGUUCUCAAACUGAUUAAGAACAAUGCUACAUGCUAUAACUGUUGCAAGGAAGAUUAGUUAAUUGUAUUUUCUGAAGACCUAAAGUAUGGAAGUAAAAAAUAUAGAUGCCAAUGUUACCUGUAAAAAAUGAUAACGCUCCCCUGAUUUGGGCCAGUCUCUACAUAGGACUAGAAUGUCAGUAUUCUCAAAAUUCUUCCCUUAGAGUGAAUUAAACUGCUUAGCUUUAGCUGUGACUGACUUAUCCUUUUACGGUUUGGGUAAGACUGGAAGUUCAGUGCUAAAAAGUUUCCACCAGAAAUAAAGUUCAUGCUUUGUGUUGUCCUUGCAGUACCACUGUACACACGUAUGUAGUCAAGUUAGCUAUGUAAUAAAUAGCUGUAAGAUCAUGUCUUACAAGUGGUUGGCAUUUAUAUGUCCUUUGUAUGAAGAUGAGUAGCAAAUCGAGACUGUUCUUGAACAUACUUUUAACUGAUUGCAUUUCCACAAUUUUUAUUUGCAGAAAUACUUAAGUAACGUCUGAAAGAAGAAUAGGAAACAUUAGCUGGAUGGGUGAUGGGAGGUGGUAGGAUUUGAGAAUUUAUGCUUGACAGUACUGUUCUGAGAAAUGUGGAGGGUCAUGUGAGCAGUGUUUUCAGCCUGUCUGUCAUAUUGUGGUCCUAUGAUAUUACCCAGCAAGUGUGGCUUUUUACGUGUUUGGGGAGGUGGCCUUUUGCAGGGGGGAGCAGCAGAACAAAUGGUAGCAAGUGAGACUCCAAGACUCCUGCCACCCCAGUUUCUCCUUUGGGAGAAAGAACACUGUGCUUUGGAUCCAAAAGUCCAUGAUCUGUUUUCACAGAUCUUUCAAGAAUAGCAUGGGUGUGGUGUGUGAGGGUAUGCAGUGGGAACUGUUGAAAAAUUUCCCCCGCCCCCAGCUAGUACAAGUACCUGCCUGCUAAUAAAAGCCUACUUUGGUUACAGCCCAGUAAGUUUGAUGUAGAAGGGGAGCAGUACACAUAUUAAGGCAUCUCUUACGUUAUACCAGAGGAUGUAAAUAUUUUGCACAAGAUCAGCACGUAUCUCCUGCACAGCUCUAGCUCUCUUCUCUCCCUGCUCCCCCUCCCAAAUAUUUCAAGAAUAUUUCAUUCCAAAAUAGUUUUUUUUUAAAGAUGCUUUGAGAGUUGCUAUGGUUCUCAUUCUAUAGUUCUCAACCUAUCAGUGUAAUGUACAAUGUGAUCACUUCUAGGAAUGAAUAAUCAAAGUUCCCUAGAUUUGGAAAGGCUCUACAUUGUGCCUAUAUGAUCAAUCACUGGGAAAAGCAAGUAGCAUUGCAUCAGAGGGUGGUCUGCUUUAUUGGGAUGAGGUAUCCACAUUAUUCCAAUUAAGUGCAUAUUCUGAAAGACCAGCAUUGGCAAGCACAUCUGGACACCUGGAUACUUUAAGACAGUGAGGGUUGUAGCCAGCCCUCUUGUAAUUGUCUGAGCCCUUUUUUUGCAUCAACUUGCAAAUUGCUGGGUUUGGAAUAAAUGGGAUUGCUUCUAUGAUCUCUACCUAAACUAAGUCUCCAAAAUGUCUGUAUCCGCUUAUAUGUAUGUUGACUUUCAUACAUAGAUGGAAAAGCCAGGAAGAGCGAGGAAACAUUAUAUGCUCUGUGGGCAUGUUCUCUUAAGUCUCUUAACCUUCAUUUUUGAAGCUAGUUAGUCUUUUUUCGUAAUCCCUCCCCCAGGACAAGCACAAUGGGCAGAAAGGGCCAAAUGGAUCAUACUAGUUCAAAGAUCAUAAAUUGAUAAAUAACAGGUAUCAUUUUCCCCCAAACAAGUGCUGUAUCUCUACUUUGGAAGCUGUGCAAGUAGCAAUUCCCAAAAAUACGUUCAUACUGAAAAUAGGCCACAGUCACUCACUUUAUAGUUUGCUAUGCUGCCUCUUUAGGCCUCUUCCAGAAACAUGAUAGAUGCCUUAGAACCACAACUUGAAACAUGUUGUACUGUCAUCCAAACAGAAAAUCCUCAUUUUAAGUAUUGUAACUAUGUACUUUAAGAGUUGGUUUUCAGUUGAAUCCUUGUACUCUGGUAUGGAUUCCAUAAUGUAUCUAAUACAACCCAAAUAUUUUUCAAAAAUGCAUGCGUGCUUUUCAGUACUUGUCUCUUUAAAAUAUAUAUGAUUGCUUAAGGCUCAGGCUUUGUUGACAAAUUUUAAAGGCACAAAUACUGAGAAAUGCACAAAUUUAAUAUUUACUAUGGCAUGCAUGUACUUUGUGUUCAGGUACUAGAGUACAAAAGGUAAAACAACAGUCGGUCCAGAACAUCUUUGUCAUAGUGCUUGUAUGUAUUUCAGGGGAGGGGUGGAAGGAAUAUUAUUUCUUUGACCAUGUAUAAUGCUGUUUAUCUUGUGAAAAGUGGGUGAGAACAUGGCAGAGAAUGCUAAAAAGCCUUAAAUUGUUGCGGUUCUUGGCAUGAGUUAAACUUAUCCUAUAGAACAGAAAUUAUUUGUGGAUAUUAUGUGCUCUAACUUUCUGUGCUGAUUGAAUAUGAUCAUAUAGUUGGUAGGCAGAUCUAUCAAGGGUGACAAUUAAUCAUCACACAGGUCUUCAAGUGUUGAAAGUUCUCCCCCUGCCUUUUCCUGCAGGUAGACAUUACACUCUUCUUCUCAUGGUGAAUCUUAUAAAAAUGCAUCAGAUGAUAUAGUUAAAUAUAUGUCUGAUAUUAUACGAGUUUAUUCUCAAUCUUCUGUCCUAAUGGAGUGAAUAUUAUCAUCUCAGGGAGGCAAAAAAUCAUUCUACCCAGUGAGAUUUACAUGAUGAAUACUAUCUUGGGUUGAAUUCACCAUGAUGGAAUAUGUAUGGGAACCAAACCUUAGCUUACUGAUUUACAUCCUGGCUGGUCACCCUGAUGGUUUUCCAUGUGAACUGAUCCUCUAGAUGUGAUGCUAUUGUGAUCUUAGAUUUACUUUGCUAUUUGGAACUUAAGAGUGAAGCUUCCUAGUUGAUCAACAACUCCUAGAAGAAUGAUGAUCUGAUGAAAAGCAAGUUAUAUUUAUGCAGGUAGCUAUGGCAGCUAGCACAUUACCUGCUCAUCUGUAGGUAGGCAUUUCUAGGCAGCUGGAAUAUGCCAACAGGUGACACAGUUUACCAAAACACUGUCCAAAAACAUAAGUGCACUGAAAUAGGCAAGCCUUGUCUGUUGCCAUUUGCCAAAUCAUUCCUGCUUUGGCCAGUAUUUUCAGCCAUCCCAUAAACUAAAAUCACCUCCACUGCAUUUACACGCAAUUCAGAGGAGGGACAUUAUUUAGGGGGGAAAACCAGACAAAGAGAACAAACGUAUGGAGCCUGAGGCUUUAGGCUAUUAGCCUGAAAGCUAAUGGUGGCCCAUAUAUUUUUAGGAGAAUUUCUGCAGACUUGCUGUCUAAGUUGCAACUUGUCUUAAAUGUCAUUGUGUUCUGAUGCCUCUGUGUUGCUAAUAAUGUAUAUAUAUAUAUAUCCUAGACUUUUGUAGAUACUAAACAUUUUAAAUGAAAUUUUUAAUUACUUCCCCGACACAUUUUCUUCCAGAAUUACAACUUUUUUACACCUUCAGCAAUUAACAUGGUUGGGCAUCAUGUGGGAAGGGAAGAAGAAAAGCAGAUACUAUACUGGCUUUUAAGAAAGUAACAACGCAUGUUAAGCUAAGAGACUGCUUGACAAAAAGAAAUCUACUUAUGUUCUGCUUAAUAAAAAGACUUCAA